AUGAACUACAGCACUCUUCUUGUCCUCCUCCUCGUCGUAGUGUUCUCAGAGGCGGCCAAACGAUGCUAUUCUGGCUCGAAAGACAAGUACGAAUCAAGGCAAUGUGAUACGGGAGUCGAUGGGAAAUAUGUUUGCCAAAAGUUCAACUGCGAAGGAGGAAGAUCCCCUUUCGUUCUACGAACAUGCGCCAACAAGAACAUGGGUUGCUUAGCUGGGCCAGCAAUCUGCAAAUUCAGCGGAGGAUCGGGUUCAUGUUCGCGAUGUGAGACCGACAACUGCAACCAGUGA